AUGUCAGUGGUCGAAUGCCUCCCUCCUCUCGCCCUCUCCCCCACACACCACUCACCCACCGCACACCACUCCCCCCUCUCCCCCUCUCCCCACACAUCACUCCCCCCCACGACCCGCAACCCAAACCCUAACCCCUCCCAUCGGACCGUCGCCGCCACCUACGGCGCCAGAUCCGACCUCAAGCCGCUCCUCAUCGCCUCGCUCCUCACCUUCCCCGCCGACCACCCGCUCCGCGACCACCUCAUCGCCACCGCCGCCUCCUCCCUUGCCUCCGCGAUCUCCGCGUCGCUCUCCGACCACCGACAAGAUCGAGCCGUACCUCUCCCUCUCUCCCAUGGCGCCAGAUCCGCGCUGUCGUCGAGCUGGAUUCGCGCCUCGUCGAGCUGGAUCCGCGCCUCCUCGAGCCUCCAUGGCCACAGCGGGCCUUCCGGAUCCGCGCGUCGUCGAGCUGGAUCCGCGCCUCGUCGCGCGGCCUUGUCUGCCUCCGCGGUUGCGUCGCGGGCUUCCACUAUGUCGCCAACCCGCUCACCUUUCGCCGCGGUCGCCGUCCGUCUAACCUCCCCAUGGCCUCGCCGGGAGGCCCGGCCCUCCCAGUCACACCAUGGCCGACUUCCUCAAGGGGAAGUUGUCAUCCCUACAACAGAGUAGAAGGGCUUCACUUCAUCAUACCAGCCAGGAAAGGUGUGUGGUGGUUGCAAGCCAUGGAGGGGAGGCGGUCCUGUUCAACGUCGGUCACACAAACCAC